AUGUAUCGUUUAGACCAAGGUCAAUCAUAUUUACCUGACAAACAAAGUUCACUUGAAGAUCGAUAUUAUAAUAAUCGCAGUUUUCAAGAAGAAUAUCCUGUUAAUGAUCCGGAAGUAGUUAAUGCAGCAACAAAAAUUCAAGCAAAAUUUCGUGGUCAUAAGGCAAGACAAAAUGUUGAAAAAAUGAAAUAUGAAAAUAAAGAAAUGAUUGAUGCUGAUCAACAAGAAUUAGGUUAUGGUCGUGAACAAACAGAAACACCUGAUGAAAAUCAAUAUCAAGUAUCAUAUGAUGAAGAUCGCAAAACAUCACCUUUAAUAAGUGCACGUUCAGAAAAACAAGAACAGAAGAGCGAUACAAGUCCGAAACCAGGAACAGAAGAAGACAAAAAAAAUCAAGAACAAGUAGAAGAAGAAGACGUUGAAGAACCAUCACAAAUAUUUGAAGAAGAAGAUAUUGAAGCAGAAAAAGAAGAACAAGAAAUUUCUGCAAGAACUCUUGAAGCAGGAUUUCGUGGCUCUAAAGAUCGAAAAAGUGCUCAACGAGAACAAGAAUCACCUGGUAGUAAAAGUGAAACUGAUCAAUUAUCUGACCGACGACAACAUCAAGAAUUUGAUAAUCAAAGAACACCAACACCACCAUCAACUCGUCGUAGCGAAAAAAUCGAUAGUGAUCGUCAUGAUUUAGGUGGAAAUUUAACUGGAGAUGAUCAAAUUGAAACUGGUGAAAACGACGAUACAGAUCGACCUCGUCUUGAACGUGAACCAACACAAUUAAGUGAAGAUUUUGAACGACAUACACAAGUUCCACGUGAUUCAGAUUUCGAUCGAGAAUUACAACCACAUUUGAUUAACGAAGACGACGAUAUGGAUAAUUCAAAUCUUGAAAAAGCAGCUACACGUACUCAUGAUCAACAUCCAUCAUCAACAUCUCCUCAUACACAGGAUGAAUAUGAUAAUGCUCAUAAUAAAAUUCUAUCACCAUCAGCUGAAUAUAAUAGAGAAGCAGAAAUUGAAGAUGAUGAUAAUGCAGCAGCUGUUAAAAUUCAAGCUGCUUAUCGUGGAUAUCGAGCUCGAAAAGAUUUGGAAAAAUAA